AUCACAUAAAUGGCCCCACCGAAAGGCAACAACAACCGUCCGACUGGACGUCGCAAAAAGUCCAGCAACCUGUUGCAGACACUGCUGGACAAAUACCUGAAUAUAGGCUUUCUCAAGUACCUGGUGCUCGAGCCGGCCGCCUUGCCCAUAAUUAGUGUUCUGAUUGUUUUGGCGGAAGCAGCUAUCAAUGUGUUUGUGAUUCGGCGCGUGCCAUAUACGGAGAUCGAUUGGGUGGCCUACAUGCAGGAGUGCGAGGGCUUCCUGAACGGUACCACCAAUUAUGCCCUGCUGCGCGGUGAUACUGGGCCCCUAGUGUAUCCGGCGGCUUUUGUGUACAUUUACUCGGCCCUCUACUACAUAACGUCGCAUGGCGCUAAUGUGCGGGUGGCGCAGUACAUCUUUGCCGGGAUUUACCUGCUGCAGAUGUGCCUGGUGCUGCGCCUGUACGCGAAGAGUCGCAAGGUGCCGCCGUACGUGCUGGUCCUGAGCGCCUUUACCUCGUACCGCAUUCACUCGAUCUAUGUGCUGCGUUUGUUCAACGAUCCCGUGGCCAUCCUCCUGCUCUAUGCGGCACUCAAUCUCUUCGUGGAUCGGCGCUGGACCUGGGGCAGCAUUCUCUUCAGCCUGGCCGUGGGCGUCAAGAUGAAUAUUCUGCUGUUUGCACCGGCCCUGCUGCUCUUCUACUUGGCCAAUCUGGGACCGCUGAAGACCUUCCUGCAGCUUGCAAUUUGUGGUUCGGUCCAGCUUCUGCUGGGCGCCCCCUUUCUGCUCUCCCAUCCGGUGGAGUAUCUGCGUGGCAGCUUCGACCUGGGCCGCAUCUUCGAGCACAAGUGGACGGUGAACUAUAGGUUCUUGAGUAGGGAGUUCUUUGAGCACCGUACGUUCCACCUAUCUCUGUUGGGCCUGCAUUUGGUGCUCCUGCUAGUGUUUGCCAAGCCCACGUGGACCUUCUUCCAGAGCUAUGUUCGCCUGCGCAGUGUCCAGGACCAACUGCAGCCGCAAAUUGCCAAGAAGAAUAGCGAAGUCCAAGCCCAGAGGAAGAGCAAGAAGGAAGCGAAAAAGGAAAAGGACACGGAGAAGCUAAGCGCCGAACAGCAAUCCUUUCUGAAUGCCUUCGAAAAGACACUACAAAAGUCAUCGGGCGGCAAGGCAGCGGCUCCUCCAGCACCCGCUCCCGCUCGGGCGGAGGCCGAGCGCUAUGGCAUCCACUUUGAACGGUGCACGCAACUGGCCCUGCUGCCCUUUUUCCUGUGCAACUUCAUCGGCGUGGCCUGCUCCCGCUCGCUGCACUAUCAGUUCUACGUUUGGUAUUUUCACUCGCUUCCAUAUCUGGUCUGGUCCACGUCCUAUACCCUGGGCGUGCGCUAUCUCAUUCUGGGCAUCAUCGAGUACUGCUGGAACAGCUAUCCCAGCACUUAUCUGUCCAGCUCGGCCCUGCAUCUCUGUCACCUCGUAUUGCUUUUCGGUGUGGCCCGUCAGAUCUUCCAGACCAUGCGGCUGAAUGCGGCGGCCAAGCAGAAGCAACAACAGCAGAAGAAAGUGCAAUAACUAGUCAUACAGUAGUGAUCCACACUGUACUUGUAACCAAAUGUAAUGAAGCUUAAACUAUU